AUGGAGAUAGAUUGUCCCCCAGAGGAGUCCAUAACAUCUACAUUCGAUGAGGACUCGGUUGAACUGGGAGACGUCAAGGAUAUGAGACUGGAGGCAGACGCCAUCGUUAAUGACGUUCUCUUUGCUGUAAACGAAAUGCACGUCUCCCAAAGUCUCACCAGAGCAUUAGACAUGGCCUACAUCAAUGUGGAGACGAGAGAGGGCAACCGUUAUUGUCUGGAGCUUACCGAAGCCGGACUCAGGGUGGUGGGCUAUGCUUUCGAUGAGGUGAAUGAGGAGCUAAACACCCAGUACCACGAGACGGUUUACUCUCUUCUGGACAACCUCAGUCCAGGAUACAGGGAAGCGUUUGGGAACGCUCUACUGCAGCGGCUGGAAAGGUUAAAGCAAAACGGACAGUAAAAAAGGGACAAACAGCAUGUUGGUCACUUUACUGUGGCCUGUCUCACAUGAUGCCCAAUAACCUAGUUGCCACUACUAAUAAAGGCUGCAGAGCCAAUCAACCUAAUUUUAUUCUCUAAAUUUCAUAACAUUGAAGGACUUCAUGUUAGAUUUAGCCGCUGCUUCAGGCUGGCUGUUUGGGAUCUGUUGCAACAGUGUGCUGUUUACUUUACUGUGAAAAUAUCUUAUUUCUUCCAUGUGUAUUUAGUGACUAAGUGAAAAUGCUGCUCCUUUUAAAACUCAUCAAAACCAAGCAUAGAGAAGCAGUUUCAUUUGAUCUUGUUCCCCUAUUGAAGCUGACCUGAUACCUGCUCAGAUCUUGCUUAACCAGUUUGUUUUCACCCCAGAUCUCCAGUAAGCAGUUAUUUAGAAACAAUCUGCCUUAACAAGUGAGUUUUUUAACGAAAACUACUAAGGUUCAUUGAUAUUUAGUAAGAGAAGUUUCGGUUUUGAACUCAUUUAGUUUCAUUUGCCAGCAUUUUGUUUAGGCUGGAACUGCUUUUCAGUUCCUAUCAUCUAGUUCACCUAUAGUAGGGCUGAAAAGAUUGAUUGUGAUUAAUCAAUUAUUGAAAUAAUCAUCUAAUUUAGUAAUCGAUUAAUCGUUAACUGGAGACUCUAAAGCUGACUGAGAAACCCUCUUAGAGCUGUUUUGUGUCAAAACUGUAAUAUAUAUAUAUACCGGUAUAUAUAAACAUUUUGCAUUUAAGACAAGAAAAAAAAAACUUUGUCAUCUGUCAAUCUGCUAUAUGCAGAACUUCUCAAGUGGAAAAGUUUUAGUUUCAGCUGUUUUAAUUUCAUUCGAUUUAAAUAGUCAUUAGUUGCAGCCAAAAUCUAGAUAUGUUUGUUUUUUGAACGUUUGCAUCUCAACCUGCAAUUUAAGCUGUACAAAAGCUUUUAUUGUGUUUUUUUCAUUGAAUCAUGUGACUCGUUAUGCCAGAAAUAGCAUUUAUUGGUCUCCAGCUAAGAUUUUAAAGCUGCUUUAAACAUUUUUUUUACUGUAAAUAUAACCUGUGUCAUAACCUAGACAUAAUCCUUUAGUGUUGUAAGACUGAGGAAGAAAAACUGCUCUCUUCCUGCAUUUAUACAUUCCCUCCCUUGUUGUUGCCCUUUGCUAACAAUAAAAUCUCAGAAAUAUGUCAA